UCCUGCCCCUUCUUGCGCGGCGGAAGAGGGUGUGGAUGAUAGCGGCGACCUUCGAAGUUCUCCUCCGUUGUCCCGCCUCCUUUUCCCUUUCUGUAUGGCGGGAUAGUGAAACGUACGCACGCGUACGCGCAAUACGGAUUAUCGAAGGUGGUAGCUGGAAAUUACAGGCUGUGAGAGGCGAGAGGCUGAGGGGAAAUACUCGCAGCGGUAACAGUAGCUGCAACUGUCUCUGGUCCCCUCAUACCUUCCCCUUCUUUCCUCAUUACGGCGGGCGGAAAGAAUUCGCCGUGGGUGGAACGUGCAGUCUGAUGCGUCCCCUGUGGUUGGUGUUGGACCUGGGGCGGCUGUAGGGUUAUUCUCGUGAGGCAUAAAGAACAGCCUAUAUAUUAAAUGAAGAGAGUUGCACUUAAGAGAGAAAUCUGGACUAAUAAGAUUGACAGGUAAAUGAAUUCUGAAACCCAUGUGGAUCUCUGAUACUUGUGUCUGAUUAAAAACUAUUUUGAUCCACAGUAUCAGGAGCUUUGAAGUCAUUGCAUUCAUUUCAAUGUGUUUUGCUAAUGGGUGUGAGCAAACUAGAUGUCUUAUACAGGCGCCUUCUUCUCACUAAGCUUUUUAUUCAAGGAUGGGGAAGACCAGAAGACUUGAAAAGAAUAUUUGAAUUCAGAAAGAUUAUUGGAAACAGAGAAAGAUGUCAGAAUCUGGUUUCAAGAGACUAUCCGGUGCAAAUAAACAAGGUUGAGGAGCAAUCAGACUGUAAGGUCCUGGAUGGGCACUUCAUUUCCCCUUUGGCUCAUUAUGUUCCAGAUAUCAUGCCAUCAGAAUCCAUCACAGCAAGGUUUCAAUUUUUAGUACCAAAGCGAUGGAACAGCAAAUACAGACCAGUGUGCAUUCAUUUAGCAGGCACUGGAGACCAUUACUUUUGGAGACGACGCACUCUAAUGGCCCGUCCAAUGAUCAAAGAAGCCUGCAUGGCUUCACUGUUGUUAGAAAACCCUUAUUAUGGAUGCAGAAAACCUAAGGAUCAGUUAAGGUCAUGUCUGAAAAAUGUCUCUGACCUGUUUGUGAUGGGAGGAGCUCUUGUGCUAGAAUCAGCAGCUCUUUUGCACUGGUUGGAAAGAGAAGGCUAUGGACCCCUGGGAAUGACUGGAAUAUCCAUGGGAGGACAUAUGGCGUCAUUAGCAGUGUCAAAUUGGGCUAAACCAUUGCCACUAGUUCCCUGUCUCUCCUGGUCUACAGCCUCUGGUGUUUUUACUACGGGUGUACUGAGCAAGGCAGUGAACUGGAGAGAACUUGAGAAACAGUAUUAUACUCAAAGUGUUUAUGAAGAAGAAAUAAUUCAAAUGCUUGAAUAUUGUGGAACAGAUUCAUUCAAGAUGGGACAAGACUUUGUCAAAAAUUCUCCUGGCAGUGUGGACAGUUUAAGCAACCUGGAUCUGAAUUCCAAUACGGUGAACCUGGAUACCAGAAACAAUGUUCUGUCUGUGGAAGCUGGUCACUGCCUUAGCAGUAGCAAAACUACUCUAAGUGCCUCAGCAGAAGGACUGCUAGUGCAAGAGGCAUCAAAAAUGCACUGCAUAAACCAGACUUUUUCAACCAGCAGCAGUAGCAAUAAGGAUUUUACCAAUGAGCAGAAGAACCUGAUAAGUGGAAAAAGUGACCGUUUACAAAGAGAAUCUUUAAGAUUCAUGAAAGGGGUGAUGGAUGAAUGUACCCAUGUAGCUAAUUUUUCAGUUCCAGUUGAUCCAACACUGAUCAUAGUAGUUCAAGCCAAGGAAGAUGCUUAUAUUCCAAGAACUGGAGUGCGCAGCCUUCAAGAAAUAUGGCCAGGAUGUGAAAUCCGAUACUUGGAUGGAGGUCAUAUUAGUGCUUACCUCUUCAAACAAGGAUUGUUCAGGUUAGGCAUCAAGCAAGCUAUAUAUGAUGCAUUUGAACGCUUUCUACAGAAGUAUGGUGUAUAGUCCUAUCCUCUUAAACUGCUCUGUAAAGUUUUGAGCUAUUUUUAAUGUGGAUAUUCUUGUUAACUUCAUGUGGAGAACAAGUCAGAAGUUAAAUUAAAAGUCACCAAUUGGAUGGUAUAUUCAACUUAGUGAUAUGUAAGACUGUUAUCAACCAAUUUCAACGUUAACUUGCAUUAGUCAUGCCACCGACAAUUCUAGCACAAUUUAUUAAUGAAGAUCAUGUCUGUUUAUAGGAUACAUUGUUUUUGAAGAUUAUUUUAUUUGGGAAAUGCACAUAUUCUUUGAAGAGAGACCAAUACAGUAUUGACAGCUGUUUAAAAUUGGCUUUAUGUAAAUUUCAGUUUCAUGCCCCACGUUGUCAUAAGGAGUUCAAAAAUAUAGUCAUAAGGCACAACAAAUCACCUACAGGGAGGGGACAAACUAGACUCAAUUUGCUCAACAUCUUGAAAGGUUUUUCAGUGGAAAAAUCCUUAAGGUAGUCUAUACAGACACUUAAUUUUAGCAGUAGGCAGAUACAUGUAUCCACAAUCUUCAGUAUCCCCUAGCCCUGUUUCUACUUCCGUUGGAACACUGUAAUUUCCUGCAUCUCUUUACUAAUUCUUUUUUUUAAAAAAAGUGUCCAACUUUAAUCAUACAAAACAGGAGCGCUCUGUAUGCUCUUGAGGCAGGGGGAAGUGCAUUAUCUCUAGCUACAAGGAAUAAAAAACUGUUAAUUGGCUGAAGUGCUACACCUGAAAUGAAAAUAAAGUGUGGAGCCUUCUUUAAAUGUUG